AAAGCCAAGGGGUGACACUUUAAAAAGAGAGAAAAAUGUGUCCAUUUUCAUGGCCAUAGGAGAAUUCAAGGAGCAAGGUAAUGGAGUCAUUGACCACGACUUAGAAGACUUUGAAAACUCCGAAACACCCUCGUUUGCCUCCGGGAACUUCUUCUUAUUUGAUCUCUUCUUCCUCUCUGACUUCCCUCUCUAUUAGUUAAAUCCAAUAAACUCCCGUUCCACUUCUUCCGCUUGUAGUUCUGAACCACCACUCAUCGACUCUGCAAAAAUAAGAAGAAACCGGAUCAGUUUUGCAGCCAAAAAAGCCCAAGAAACUGCUGGGAUUUUCAAUCCAUUUGAAGAAGUAGAAUAAAAAACCUUUGAAGUUUUGAAAUCGUUGGAGAUGGCAGGGGUGCAAGAUCAAUUGGAGAUCAAGUUUCGGUUGACCGAUGGAUCAGAUAUUGGCCCCAAAAGCUUUCCUGCUGCUACCACUGUUGUAAACUUGAAGGAAAGCAUUCUUGCUCAAUGGCCUAAAGAUAAGGAUAAUGGACCAAGGACUGUUAAAGAUGUCAAGCUAAUAAGUGCAGGAAGAGUACUGGAGAACAACAGAACAGUUGCUGAGUGCCGGAGUCCAUUAUGUGACGUCCCUGGUGGAGUUACAACUAUGCAUGUCAUUGUUCAGCCACCUUCACAGGAGAAAGAAAAAAAACUGAUGAAUGAACCGAAGCAGAACAAGUGCAUUUGUGUUAUAUUAUAACUUUUGCAUCUCAGAUAGCGGCGAUAACAUCAUUUUUAGGUAAAACACAAUGAAGUUGGUAAAAUUGCUGAUAGAUUCAACUCCGUUGGAAUUAUGCUGGCGUGUUGUUAAAUGUCAUACUUUAUUUUCUGUUAAGUCCGUCGGACUAUGCUACAUCACGCAUUCAUAAUCAUAUCUAAGAUUUUUAUGUAAAAAGUUCUUGUGCUGCAUCUGUAUUCACAUUUUACAAUCGAAUCUGUUUCAUUCACCAUGUAUAA